AUGUACGGACGUCACGCAGAGAUCAUGAACACGAAGCACCGAUCGAUGGACACAAGUGACAUCGCGAACAUCUUAGCGAUAUACUUCCCCCAAAUCGACUUCUCUGUCGAUGAGUCCAAGUGGAAAUUCAGUCUCACCUCCGACCUCGUUCGCUUCUUCUCUACUCCAUUAGGACAGCAAAUCGCGUCUCAGGUGAAGGAUGAUGAUGGCAUAUUUUUCUUGUCACUUGACUUCCAACAGUUCCGAAAAACUUGUGAACUUGAGGAAUUUUAUGCAGCUCUAAUGGAGAAACCUAAGGACACUCUGUUGUGCCUGAGUGCUGCAGUGCACAAGGCUCUAUCUACCCAAUGGGAAAGCAUCAUGUUGGAGAAUUGUGCAAAAAUAAAUAUCCGUCUGCACAACUAUCCUGAAUCUAUGAUUGCUCUGAAGAACCUAAAAGCAGCUUAUAUUGGUAACUUCAAAUUUCAGAAGUACUUCAGCAUUUUUUCAGCAAAAGUUAGCACAGUUAGACCUCUGGUGUUACAAAUGAGUUUUUCCUGUGCCAAGUGUGGAACCGGCAUUACACGUGACUUUCCUGAUGGGAAAUUUUCCCCACCGCCAAUUUGCACAAUGCACGGCUGCAAAAGCAGAACUUUUAUUCCAAUUAGAUCUAGCGCUCAACCAAUAGACUUUCAGAAAAUCAGAAUUCAGGAGCUGCUCAAGUCUGAACAUCACGAAGAGGGGCGAGUGCCUCGGAUAGUAGAAUGUGAAUUGACUGAAGAUCUUGUAGAUGCAUGCAUCCCUGGAGAUAUUGUGACAGUUACGGGUAUUAUAAGGGUGAUUAAUAACUACAUGGAUAUCGGAGGAGGAAAAUCAAAAUCCAAGAAUCAAGGAUUAUAUUAUUUGUAUGUAGAAGCAGUUUCAAUUAAAAAUUCCAAGUCGCAAGCUAUGCCCGAGGAUUUGCAAGAUACUAUUGCUGAUGCUGGAGCUACACCGUUGUUUGAUUUGUUCUCAUUUUCCCCAAGAGAUUUAGAGUUUAUUAUCAAAUUUUCUGAGGAACAUGGUUCAGAUAUCUUCCGACAAAUGCUUCAGUCUGUUUGUCCCUCCAUCUAUGGACAUGAGCUUGUUAAAGCGGGAAUUACAUUGGCCUUAUUUGGAGGUGUACGAAAGCAUUCAAUGGAUCAAAACAAAGUUCCAGUUAGAGGAGACAUUCAUGUAAUAGUUGUUGGUGAUCCUGGACUGGGUAAGAGUCAGCUACUCCAAGCAGCAGCUGCUAUUUCUCCACGUGGCAUUUAUGUGUGCGGUAAUGUCACAACCAAUGCUGGCCUCACAGUCACUGUGGUGAAGGAUCCUAUGACUAGUGACUAUGCUUUUGAAGCUGGUGCCAUGGUACUCGCUGACGGUGGAUUAUGCUGUAUUGAUGAAUUUGACAAAAUGUCUGCAGAACACCAGGCUCUACUGGAAGCUAUGGAGCAGCAGUGUGUCUCUGUUGCAAAGGCAGGACUAGUAGCAAGUUUAUCAGCGCGAACAUCUGUUCUAGCAGCAGCAAACCCUGUUGGCGGUCAUUAUAACCGCGCAAAAACUGUGAAUGAAAACUUGAAAAUGAGUGCUGCUCUACUGUCGCGAUUUGAUUUGGUUUUUAUACUACUUGACAAACCGGAUGAACUACUGGAUAAGCGAGUCUCGGAGCACAUUAUGUCACUUCAUGCUGGAAACGGACAAAAUUCACCAGUGGCAAAAAGGCUAUGUACAGGUGGUGUUUCAACUUCUGCAUUACAGAAUGUUAGAGACAUGGACUUGAAUGUGAAAAGUGGUUCUCUAGUUUCAAGUUUGAAACUUGACCCUAGAAAAGACGGCGAUUUUGUUCCAUUGCCUGGCCCUCUUCUGCGCAAAUAUAUUGCUUAUGCCCGAAGUUAUGUCUUUCCUAGGAUGUCAAGGCAAGCAGCAGAUAUUCUACAGAAGUUUUAUUUACGCUUAAGAGACCAUAACACAUCUGCUGAUGGUACACCAAUAACUGCGAGGCAGUUAGAAAGCCUGGUAAGGCUGGCGGAGGCUCGAGCUAGAGUGGAUUUAAGAGAAGACAUAACUGAGCAAGAUGCUUUGGAUGUUGUUGGAAUAAUGAAAGAAUCCUUGUAUGAUAAGUACGUCGAUGAACACGGUUGUGUGGAUUUUGGUCGGAGUGGGGGGAUGAGUCAACAGAAAGAAGCAAAACGGUUUUUAAGUGCCCUGAAUAAGCAGUCAGAGUUGCAGCAAAAAGAUUGCUUUACUAUCUCUGAAAUAUACAGUCUGGCAGAUAAGAUAGGCUUGAGGGUUCCAGAUAUUGACACAUUUGUAGAUAAUCUAAACAGUGUUGGUUAUCUACUAAAAAAAGGGCCAAAGACCUAUCAGGUGCUAUCAUCAUCUUAUUCUCGUAGUCAAUCAUCAAGGUCAAGAGGCUAAGUUGUCAAGAACUAGAGAACAGGGAUUUUGGUGGUUUUAUGUGCUCUUGCAUGCUACCUGCGAUCUUAAAAGACUUGAAGAAGCAGAAAUCACACAGAUCAGCUCAUCAGGCUUCAGUAGUGGGGAGAUCAUCUUAACCAAUGGAGUUGUUUCAGGUUAUGGUGCAAAAAUUUUGUGGUCUGGUGGUUCGCAUUCCAUCAAAACAGUUUAGUAGCUUGAGCAAUGUUUGAU